AUGGACGAAAUUCGCGCAUUUUUUGAUAAAUAUGUACAGAUUCCAAGGUAUUUUCACAAACUUUCAAAAAAAAAAAAAAACAAAGAAAAUUCAAUUUUUCAGGAGCUUUUCCUUGGAUGAAAAUCAUCACUAUGUGAUUUUCAUCGCUUUAUUUAUUCUUGUUAUUUUUGGUUUAUUGAUUUGUAAUUGUUGUAUAUGUUAUUGGAUUCGACGACGAAAAAGGAGAGAGGUAAGUUAUUCUUGAAUUUUUUUUGAAAUGAAAAAUAAUUGGAAAAAUAAAUAAAACGUGAACUCACGUGAAUAUUUGCGUGGCAUUUUUCAAAUCUCAUUUCUAAAAUUUUGACGAAAAAAAAGCAUGAGCAAGGAAGUUUGCUCUAUCUCACACAUAAUGUUUUUGUGUAUUUCUUCUGGAGUUUGUAAAAAAAUGCAACCCUGGCACACUUUUUCAACACCAGGAAAAGUGUGCCAGGGUUGCAAAAAGUAUAGGUUUUUCAAAAACAGGAAUUUUCCAGAAUUUUAACUUUUAAAAAAUCGCCCCUUAAAAAUCCUCACCUCACAAGCUUUCCAGCUCAUCGAUUAUCCAUCAAACACCCUCCAAUACAUGCGUUUUCCACGAAACCAGCCUCGAAAACCCUACCGUACUCCCGAAAGUACUUGUUCAUCAAGUAAACCAAUUCUAGCCUCGGUCCCAGAAAAUGUCUAA